AUGCCGCCAUCCAUCGUGUCAUCCCUUCCCCACUGGCUCGGAGCUUAUGCUCGCCGUGGUACGCCUGGUCUUAGCGCCGCUCCUUGCGCUUCCUCCGGCGUAGGGCAUCUCUCGGCGCCCUCCCCAGCUAACCCCCUCGAUCCUGAUGUUGCACCGCGCCCCCUCCUCCUUCCGAUCGGUGUCGCCCUCCAUCGAUCACCGCCACCGGUCGUGUCUCUGACCAAUACGCCUUCCCACUCUCCUAGUGACGCCGCCCCCCUCGUCACUACCCUCCACCUCGUGUAGGCGCUGGCGGCGCUGCCUACCGGGCACCCUACUCGUGGGCGCCCCCCAUGUAUGGCUCACGCAUGGGUCCACUGUGUAGUGGUAUUCAGUACGCUUGCCCUCCUCUCUCUACCGAGCUACGCCCUACCCUACUCCCUCUUCUAUCGUCGGUCACGACCCGCCAUCACCGUCGAUCCUCUCCCUCG